UCAUGCUCUCAGAAGAUCUUCUCUGAAGCUCUGUCCGGCUGACUCUCCAUCACUUUACUCCACUUCUUCUGCACUUUUUCACCUGAUUCGGAACUCGAGGAUUGCGCUCAGGCAGCCGGCACACUUUGAGACCCUCUGGGUGUGUUUCUCUCUCUCUCAUCAUGAACUCCUCCGCGCUCAACCAGACGGACGGCGGUGGCGCGUUUCCCAACCGGAGCGCGGAUGUGUUCGCCUGCUGUAAUUUCUCCUCGGUGGUGACGGACGAGGGCUUCUCGGCCACAGCGCCGGACGAGCGGACUCUCUUCGUCAUGCGCGUGGUCCAGAUCGCCGUCAUGUGCGUGCUCUCGCUCACCGUGGUCUUCGGCAUCUUCUUCCUCGGCUGCAACCUGCUCAUCAAGUCGGAGGGCAUGAUCAACUUUCUGGUGACGGACCGGAGGCCGUCCAAAGAGGUGGAGGCGGUCAUAGUGGGCGCCUAUUAGCACCACCUGCCCUUCACCAGGGGGCAGUUACGCACGGGCACGGGGGCAGGGCAGCGGCUCGUUCUGCCCCGCGACUCGCCCCUACGGUCCCGUCCUAGUGAAGACGGAGGAAGUGCGGGACUCGCCGUCUGUCUCUCUGUCUGUCUGUCUGUCUGUCUGUGCACGCAGAGCGGCUGUCAGAUCUGUGUCUCCGUGAGCGCGCACGGACUUCAGCGCCAGUGUCCACCAGGCAGCGGGAAACAACACAAACUCCUUAAGAUGACCACCUGAAGGGUUAGAUUUCCCUUAUGAAAAGUUAAAUGAAUGUGUAGGUACUAUCUUAGAGUUUUCCUGCAUCAACAGUUUCACAUAAACGUCCAGUUGUUGCUAACUGUGGAGGUGGUCAGCUCGCCGUGACCGCUGACUGUGCUGAUACCUUCAGUUAAAGAAAUAAAACCAAAUCACGCACAAUUUAGUGUGAUAUUUAGUUUUAAUGGUUUGGUAAACGUUCUUCACCAUCUGUCUGUCUCACAUCAGGAAAACCCAAGCAGAGAUGGUUUAUGACGUGCGGCGAGCUGAAAGAAAUCAUUAAAGAUCACCAUUAAAAUGAGUUUGAGGGAUUUAUUUACGCAGCUCACUCACUUUUAAAUCACUUAAGGGUUUUUAGGGGGUUUUGUGCAGCUGCGGAAGUCAGUGAUGUGCAGUGUUUCUUGUGCAGGUUCAGGCGGAGCUGAGUUAAGGGUCCGCUGCAGUGCUGCGCUUCUGGACUCUUCAUUAUUUGGUGAAGGCGCACUGCAAAGACGGACGCGCUGUUUGUUUCGUAUCUAUAAUGUAUCAUGUUUGAUGUAAUAAAUUAAAUAUUGGACAU